GGAAGUCCAUUGUAAGAAGACAGACCAGGUCAUUAAAAUAACGCCAUGGUUAAUAUUUAGGAGAAAAAGGUUAAAUCUCAUUAUUAUGGCUAUGAUUAAUUUUACUUUAAUUUCAGAAUCAUGACUUUAUCACAGGCCAUUUUUGCCUUUAUUGGACAGGGCAGCUAAGUGGAGAUGAGAAAUACUUGGGGUUUGACAUGCAGCAAAGGGCAGACUUGAACCCAAGUCUGCUGCGACUAUAGCCUCUGUACAUGGAGCUCUGGUCACCAGGCCAAAAGUCACAAACAUGACUUUUUAACUCAUGACUUGUUUACAAUUUUGACUUUUAUCAAUUGUACCUCCCCAAUUUUAAAAUGUCUCAACUACUCACCAUUGGUUUAUUUCUAUCAAGUUAAUUACGCUACAUUUUCAUCUUCUAUUUCCACUGGCAGAAAUGGGCUUCCAACAUUGGCUAACUGCUGUUCUAUCCCUUCAACCCCCUAAGCUCAGCUGUCACGCUGUCAGGACAGGAAGAGGACGGAUGAUCUGCUGACACAGGUGCAGGUGUGUCCCUGCUUCUUCACACAAGCUUCCCCCACCUGUUGGUUUGUUUGGAAACCCUCUGCUGUUAAUGAGAUGAACGACUCGUGCGUCGUCAUUUAAUCCUGUUUGAAGUCCAGAGAGGUCAGCGCUCAGAUCCCCAUAAGAGCAGACCGAGACAAAGCAGAGGUGUUUACAGGUACUCGACCUGAAGCACUAGAAGCAAUGCAACAAACGGACUACGCUUUGCAGCUUUGACAAAUGACAGUAUCAACUGGUGUUUUCUACUGCUAAAACAAACACAGAUUAAAGCCUCAUUUUUCUCCUGAGAAUUAAAAUAAGACUGGCAACAACUUGUGAUUUUCGUCAUGGAUUCGCUCAUGUCACUCGGUGCCCCCCUGAAGCAGUUCACCAGCUGUGUGUCGGGGAAAAACACCGCCGCCAAGAGGAGCCAGUCUGUCCGCAGAAACAGCUUCACCCGCAGGAAGAGUGUCAGCAGGAGGAGAAGCCUUCCCUGCAGCAGCCAGAAAGUGCCGGACUCCUGGCUGCGAAUGUACCAGGCUGAUCUUAAGAGAGAGAGGAAACGACAACAAGCCAUCCUGGCCAAGAAGAACGCAGAACGAUCGGUUAGGAGAACUCACUUUAGGAGCCACCACUGCCUCCCAAGGCACAAAACAGGAGCCAGAAAAGCAUCCCCUGUGAAGGACGAUUCCUUCUUCGGAGCCUUCCAAGGCCUCAGCCUGGACGGCCUGAUGGGAGGCAGUAAUGGAUCUUCUGCCAUAGCUGCUCCUUCUGCUGCAGGUGGAGAUGUGUGCAAAGUCAUGUGAGACCUCAUUGGAGGACAGACUGUUUAAAUGAUCCAUUACAUCUAAAGACUUGAGGAUUAAAAGGCUCAUGAAGGAAAAGUGACGAGACAGAGGCUGAAACCUUUCAGAACCAAAGAAAAGUAUUCUACUGUUAUUUCUUCAGAUCUUGUUCUUUUUAGAGAAGUUAACGUUGAUUGCACUCGACUCUUUGAUUGUUUCUCAGAGUCUUCUUUGUAUCAAUCUUUGCACUUUUUUCUGUUUACUGCAUUUGUUGUCGUAUAUGAAUGAUAUCAAAAUGAUUAAAUCUCUGCUGACACCUCCCUCUA